GAAAAAAACACAGAAGGCUGUGUGUGAAGAGAGAGUAAGCGAGGUGGGGAAAAAAAAAAGUUUUGAAGCCAACGGUUCUGGAGAGAAGCUAUCAUCUCUCACGCCUCAGGGUUGAAGACGAGUCCGGUCCACCAUCCGACGGGAGGGGAGGGGAGGAACCCACCUCGCAUGAACCACUGCCACUCAACUGGAGGUCAAGACCUGAAGGAGCUGAACUAACCGGACACCUAUUUCUCCCUCAUCUGAAACACCACCUGGGCAUCAACAAAAAUUAGGAGACCACAGGAACAACCUCGUAUCAUCCUCGCUUGGUACAACAAUAACAACAGCCAACGCCACAACACAAACAGACAACAGCGGCGAGGCCAACGCUCCCGUCCACCCUGCCGUCCAGACUACAGUAUGCCCUGCCAGCCACGGCACCCGUGCCGCUGAUGCAGGCCGUUGGCAUGAUCUCUCACUACCCUCUGGCCACGCUGCUGCCAUGGACCCCGGGGCCCCACCACCACAGCCCUGACCUGGACAGCCCCCUGCUGCUGGAGGGAGAGGGAGGGGUGGCCUUGCAGCGCUACCAGCCACGCUCCCCCGAGAGCAACCCACGCCACUGGAGCUCGGUGCAGGACUGGGGGGAGGAAGUGGAGGAGGGGGCCAUCUACAACGUGACGCUGAAGAGGGUUCAGAUCCAGCAGGCGGCCAACAAGGGAGCAAGAUGGCUGGGGGCGGAGGGGGACCGUUUGCCUCCUGGCCACACGGUGAGCCAACUGGAGACCUGCAAGAUCCGGAGUAUUCGGGCCGGAACACUGGAGCGCCUGGUGGAGACGUUAUUGACGGCAUUCGGAGACAAUGACCUCACGUACACCUCCAUCUUCCUCUCCACUUACAGAGCCUUUGCCGGCACACAGACUGUUCUGCGACUGCUGCUGGACAGGUAUGGAAGUGUAGGAGAAAAUGAAGGAGACACAAACAGAUGUCAAGGCUCCGAAUCCAAAGGAGCCAUCAGAAAUGCGCUGGCCUCUAUCCUGCGUGCCUGGCUAGACCAGUGUCCGGAGGACUUCCAGGAGCCCCCAGACUACCCCUGCCUCCACAGGCUGAUGGACUACCUGCAGAGGGCCUUUCCAGGAUCUGAAGCUCUCAAACGGGCACAUGGUCUGCUGGAACACCUGCAGAGUCAAGCCAACGUAGACGACACCGACAGUGGUUUCCAUGGUAACAGCUCUUUCUGCUUGGGGGAGGAAGAGGAGGUGGAAAUUGAGGUUCAGGAGGACUUCUUGUCAUUUCAGGCUGACUUGGUAGCCGAGCAACUGACUUAUAUGGAUGCGCUGCUGUUUAAGAAGGUGGUACCUCACCACUGCCUGGGCUCAAUCUGGUCUCAGAGGGAUAAGAAGCAUAACAAGCACAGCGCCCCCACUAUCCGCGCUACCAUUACGCAGUUUAACGCUGUGGCAGCCUGCGUGGUCAGCACGGUGCUGAGACACAGGCAGAUCAGACCGCACCUCAGAGCACGGGUCAUCCAGCGCUGGAUAGACAUUGCUCAGGAGUGUCGUAUACGUAAGAACUUCUCCUCUCUGCGAGCCAUUGUGUCAGCGCUACAGUCCAACCCUCUCUAUAGACUGAAAAGGGCAUGGGCCUGCGUGCACAAAGAUAGCAUGCAGACGUUUGAGGAGCUGUCGGACAUCUUCUCAGACCACAACAACUACCUGACCAGCAGAGAGCUGCUCAUGAGGGAGGGCACUUCAAAGUUUGCCAGUCUGGAGAGUUGUGCCAAAGAGCACCAGAAACGUACCCACAAAAGACUACAGCUGCAGAAGGAGAUGGGAGCCAUGCAAGGGACAAUACCAUACCUGGGGACCUUCCUAACAGACCUGACGAUGCUAGAUACAGCCUUACCUGACCUGGUGGAGGGUGGCCUGAUCAACUUUGAGAAGAGACGCAGGGAGUUUGAGGUGAUCGCUCAGAUCAAGCUGCUGCAGUCAGCCUGUAACAGCUACUGUCUGACCCCCGACCCCGCAUUCCUCAGGUGGUUCAAGAGUCAACCCCAGCACAACGAGGAGGAAAGCUAUGCCUUGUCUUGUGAGAUUGAGGGCCUCGGUGACAGCAGUCCAACCUCACCCAAGCCUCGAAAGAGUAUGGUGAAAAGACUCAGCCUGCUGUUUCUGGGAGCAGAUGUGACAGCAGCCAGUUCUCCAGCCAGAGAGAUGCCACGCUCGCCCCCUAAUGGCAGUUCCGGGGAGAGCAUGGACUCGGUCAGCGUGUCCUCCAGUGACUCAAGCAGCCCUUCAGACAGCGAGGGACUCGUGCCCAUACACACCUCUGAAACCCAGCAGAACAAGCUAUCGGAGUCCUCUUCUUGUACCUCUCUCCACUCCAUGGACACCGGCUCAUCUUCGGUCAGUGUCCCACCGACCCCUGCAUCCCCAUCACUCCCCGGCCCCCCCUGCACCCACAGGCGCUCUGUUUCCCUGACUCCUAUGUCUCCCAGCUCCCCGAGCCAGACCCCAGCCUACAACACCCAGGCCCAGGACGCCUGCAUCGUAAGAGUCAGUCUGGAGCAAGGCAAUGGGAACCUCUACAAGAGCAUACUGCUGACCAGUCAGGAUAAGACUCCUGCAGUGAUUUCUCGAGCCAUGGCCAAGCACAACCUGGAGAUGGAGCCGGAGGAGGGGUACGAGCUGGUACAAGUCAUUUCUGAGGAAAGAGAGCUGGUGAUUCCUGACAACGCCAACGUAUUUUACGCCAUGAACACCUCAGCCAACUUUGACUUCCUGCUGCGGGUGCGAGGCUCAGCGGGGCGGCCAGUCCAGCUGCGUAGCCGGUGUAGUUCCACACUUCCCCGCACGCAGCACCGUUCCAGCCUCUCCCUCAGACUCAGCAAGGUCACUCUGUGACCCCGGACUGUAAAACACUGACCCAGCAAUUCGCCCUUACGCUCCUAACCUGGGACGAUACAGUACAGGGGCUGGGUGUUGACAUUAAGGGGGUGAGGAUAAGAGGCUAUAUAGUUUGGGGAUGAAUAGUUAUUUGGAUUGGAGGAUGCCAAGGAGUUCUAACACUUGAUGGAGUAGAAAUGGAUUCAUGCUUAGACUUCUAAAGAACACCAGUUAAUCUCCCUACCUUUCCUCUUGUGCAAUCCCCAUGAUCCCAGUUUCAACCCGUGCUGUGCCAUCUCUGCCGCCCCCGUCCCUUCCAGCCCCCUUGCCAAACCCUGCUAUGGGCCGUGGAUGUGUAGUGUGACUGCUGUGCCAGUGGAACUAUAGACGAUCAUGUAGCGAUGCCUGUGACAGAGUGAAGCAGUGACCCCUAGUGGCCACAACUCUUCACAACAAGAGGUUUUUGCACACUUCAUAGGAGAAGCCUAACUCCUGACCUCCAACAGUAUUCUCCUUUUAUCGAAUUCCCUUUUUCCUGUGAUGUCUAUGUAGCUGAAUUAUAAUAUUUUGGUCCGAGAUGCAUGGGAAGAUGAAUGGAGAGAUGGGCGGAUGCCAAGGAUAAGUCGACUGGGCAUCAUGUUGCCUUUAUUGAUGAAUGAAUGGACUCCUGUGUCUGUCAGUGGUCCAAUUGAUUGACUGGAUUGACAGGAGCUGUGAUGUCAUUAGCUUCCCUUUUCUGCCAUGUCUGUCAUGUCUGUCUCCUCCGUGUGCACAGUGUGCACAGUGUAUUUUCUGCCCCUCUCAUAUUGUGAGCUGUGUGACGAAUGCAGUGGAGAUGCGUUCCGAUUGGUUCGAUAACUUGGUUUUAACAAGUCCUUAAAAAAUAUCCAAAUGGCCUUAACCGCUCCGUGUCUAGGGGUCUUUAGACAGAACCCCAGGUGUAUUGCAGCCCCAGAAAACUGUUCCCUCACACGCGCUUCUGCCUUCCAAUAUUCAGCCUCUUGAGCUCCUUUCAUAAAGGAUUACUCAGUCUUGUGUACCAACUUCGCUGCAAUUAAUUGCAAAAAAAAAAAACUUGCUAUGAAGCAUGUGAACAAGAGCAAGAGUGGGGGGGGGGAGCAUCUUACUGGACUGAAAAGCACCACUAAAUUCUCACAAAUGAUGCCAACUCUUACCUGCCUGCCCUUCAUUAUCUGAACUAUAGACUUGCACUUGUUAGUAGGUAUUGAGAUGCCAGUGGGAUGUGAAUAUAGGGGAUUGGGUGGGCUACUGUGAUAGUCGCUUUUUCCCUCGUCACUUAAAUGAAUUACCAUGUUUGUAUUUUUUAUUUUGUAUGUUUUUUUUGUUGUUUUUUUUUACAUCACUGUUCAGGCCAUAAAAUGUGUAUCAGCUUAGAGGGUGAUAAGAGGUUUUUCGGUGAAUUGUAAACGAGUUUAGAAAAUGUCAGGAAAAAAAAAAAAGCCAGUGCCAGAUUUUGCUGUGAUGCAUUUGGAAAUCCUUACUGAGGGAAUAGUUUACCUACACAAGUGUGCACACGAGUACACGGGUAAACACACACACACAUAUAUAUAUAUAUACAUGUACACACACACAUACACACACAAAACAACAUCCAAAAGCUAGCCACCCCAUGCCCGGCAACCAAAAUCUCAUGUUACGAGCCCUUUCUGUGCUGUGCACACUUUCUUGUCCAUUCUCAUGCACAACCACCCUCGCACACUUUCAAAACGGUCACACGUGUCGGUAGACACACACUUCAACUCACAAAAGUUGCCGUUUUUUGUUUUUUUUUCAAUAUGAGGGUUAAAACACCAAGGGUCUAGUUAAAUCAUGCCUCGCUCACAUGUCAUUACAACCACUUGGGGUUCCCUGGGUUCAACAGUCGUCCGUGUGUGCCAGGUGUAAUGUUACCGGCCCACCAGGAAACACGUUGGACUUGUGUGUGUUACUGGCCAGGCCGUCCCUUUCAUUUCUUCCCAGAUAAGCACUUGAGACAUUUUCCGCAUGAAAUCACUUCAGUAUCAGUUUGUGUUCUUCUUCACUGCCAAAGACUCUUCCUCCACCUUAAUAAAUUAUUACUUGGA